AUGUUCCAUUUGACGCUCAUGCGGGAGGCUUUAUCUUACUCUUAUCUGUGCGAAGUAUCCCCUACGGCCUUUUCGGUUGGGGCGGUCAUUUUCCUCCCUAGAUCUGCUUCAGUGCCUCUUUUCGAUCUGUUAUCAGGGGUCUUCGCACCCGUCGACCGAGAGGGUCUCAUCCUAUCAAACGGCUACUCUCGCCAGAUUCCAGGAAACACCCACGCAGAGGCCAACGCUAUCAACAACUUGGUAGCUUAUCUCAAGAACCUUCCAGAGGAUACAAACUCUGCUAUCAAGAAGACGACCGGGAUCGCUGUGGAUGCGUCAAGUGAAGACACUGCUCGAAGCAUCCUUAGCAAGGCGUGGAUAUACACAACGCUGGAACCUUGUUCCAAACGGACAAGCGGUUUGAGGGACUGUACUGCCGAAGUCAUUCACUGGGGUCUGAAGCGGGUUUACAUGGGAGUGCGGGAACCGCCAGACUAUGUACAAUGCGAGGGCGUUCGACUGCUACGAGAAGCUGGAGUAGAGGUCAUAAGCGUUCAGGGCAUGGAGGAGGAAUGUCUUGCAGCCGCUCGACGCGGCCUUUGA